AUGCAAACAACGUCCAGAAGACGAAGCUGCGAAAUGAAUAUUCCACUUCCAGUAAAAUUGUUUUGUUAUGAUUCUCAAUCAUCAUCAUCAUGUUCCUCUACUGUCUCACCUGCUGACUUUGCAUUCCCUUUACCACCACGAAACACUAAUCCAAUACUUAAUGACCCUCAAUUUAAUCAAUACAUUUAUUCUCCUUCACAACCAUUAAGUCAACCAGUAGAUGAAUGUCAGUUUGACUCUUUUCAAGGAGCCACACUUCUUUUGUUCUAA